AUGUUAAUUCGUGGCUUGAUUCAUCGUGCUUUCUGGACUUUAAUUGUAUGUUUCUUACUGAAUGUUACAGUUUUUUUAUAGCUUUGAGGUCUUUUUGAAAAAAAAUGGCAAAAAAUUUCUUUACAAUACAAAAAUGGCAAAAACUUCCUUUACAAAACAAAAAAUAGCAAGGACUUUCUUUACAAAGCAAAAAAUGGCAAGAACUUUCUUUACAAAGCAAAAAUGGCAAAAACUUUCUUUACAAAACAAAAAAUGACAAGAACUUUUUUUACAAAACAAAAAAUUGCAAGAACUUUCUUUACAAAACAAGAAAUAGCAAGAACUUCCUUUACAAAACAAAAUAUGUAUCUAAUGAACCCUAAACGACCUAAACGUCCCUAAUUUUGUUUGCACCGUGCAACGGCUUUUUUACUUGCACGGUGCACAAAAAUGACAAGAACUUUUUCUUAAAAUUAAUGACAAAUGCACAGCAUUCCGAACUUUUAGAAAAUUGAAGAUUUUCAAAGGGAUUUGCACUGAAAAUCUUUCACUUAUCAUUUGUUUUUAAAAAACUUUUUGAGGAAGCUGUUUUUAGCUUUGUAAAGAAAGUUCUUGCCAUUUUUUGUUUUGUAAAGAAAGUUCUUGCUAUUUUAUAUCUUGUAAACAAAGUUCUUUCCAUUUUGUGUUUUGUAAAGAAAGUUCUUGCCAUUUUGUGUUUUGUAAAGAAAGUUUUUGCCAUUUUUUGUUCUGUAAGGAAAGUUCUUGCUAUUUUUAUUUUAGGUAUCACUGUUUGCAGUAAAAUGCCAGAAAUCACCUCAACAAUGGACCGAUAUCGAUGGCUACCCUGAGGGCGACUAUUUUGAUUACGAAUUUGAAAAACCAAUGAAAAGUGAGGUUUUCGCUGAUUACAAACGCUUUGCUGAAACGGCAAGAACCUUGAAGAAGCUGGGUAUGAUAGUAUUCGACUACUUUUGCUUUGAAGAUAACGAAUGUUGGACUGUUGUUUUGAAUACAAAGCCGAAGGAGAGGUAGGUCAGGUUUUUGUGAAUGAGUUUUAGUAAGUUUUUUUUUGUAAAGAAAGUUUUCGCCAUUUUUUGUUUUGUAAAGAAAGUUCUUGCCAUUUCUUUGUAAAAGAAGUUCUUGCUAUUUUUUAUAUUGGAAAGAAAGUUAUUGCUAUUUUCUGUUUUGUAAAUAAAGUUCUUGCCAUUUUUCAUUUGUAAAGAAAGUUCCGCCAUUUUAUGUUUUGUAAAUAAAGUUCUUGUCAUUUUUUGUCUUGUAAAGAAAGUUCAUGCUAUAUAUUGUUCUGUAAAGAAAGUUCUUGCCAUUUUUUAUAUUGGAAAGAAAGUUUUUGCAGUUUUAUGAUUUGAAAAGAAAAUUUUUACAGAAUUUAUAUAAAAAACCUAUUUUGUACUGUGCAGGCUGCGGGUGAAAAUUUAUACGCUAAAUCACACUGUCAGAUUUGGAAUGAAAGUUCUUGCCAUUUUUGUUUUGUAAAGAAAGUUUCUGCUUUUUUUGAGGUUGGAAAGGAAGUCCUUGCUAACUUUAAAUCAAAAAACCUUGUCUUUGUGCUGUGCAGGCUGCGGGUGACACGUUAUACGAUAGAUAAUUAGACAUGAGGAAUUAACCGGGCCGGGCCAGCCUUGACCCAAAUUUAAGGGCCGGGCUUGAAAAUCAGGGACUGGACCGUUUGGCACUAAAUUUUUUACUAUUUUCCGUUUUUUCAGGCUUUUUCAAUACUAUGCUGUAUAUCCCUUAUCGACCUUCUACAUGCUGGCUGGAACUAGAUUAAACAAAGACGGUAUGUAGGGUAGGGUAGGGUAGGGUAGGGUAGGGUAGGGUAGGGUAGAGUAGGGUAGAGUGGGGUAGAGUAGGGUAGGGUAAUACUACUAUCGUUUCAGGUUCGUUAAGCAAUGUCAGUCCGAGUGUCUAUAUCCAAUUCUAUGUGGCAGCGCCAUUUGUAUUUAAUAAUUUGGAUUACAAAUCGAAAGCACCUGUUAGAAUCUUCACUUCCGGACUUGGUUUUGGGGGGCUGGCGAAAAAUUUGAUUGCUAUCAACAAAAACGUCAGUUUUUUAAAAAUUUUUUUUAUUUUUUGAAUAUUUGGAUUGUGUAAAGUAAAUUUUUGCCAUUUUUUGUUUUGUAAAGAAAGUUCUUGCCAUGUUAUGUUCUGCAAAGAAAGUUAUUGCCAUUUUUUGUUUUGUAAAGGAAGUUCUUUCUGAUUUAAGUGUAAUUGAGAGUUUUGCAGGCUGCGGGUGACAUAUUAUACGAUAAAUAACAUUUUUGACAUUUAUUUGCUAAUUUUUUGUUUUGUAAAGAAAACACAUUGUCAUUUUAAGUAUGUUAUUUCAGAUGCACAUAACUGGAGUGGAGUUGAUGCCAGAAACUGUGUAUAUUGGGAAGAAAUGGUUGGGUUUUGUUGAGAAUGACCAAGUCGACAUUCAUUAUAGCGACAGCACUUUGUUCAUCAAGGAGGCGGCUGAAAAUGGUGAGUUGUUUAAAAGGUUACAAUUUUAUUUACAUAUGGUUACUGUAACUUUAUCUAAAUAAAGUUACUGUAGGUUUAUGUAGAUAGGAUUACUGUAAUUUUAAAAAAUUAACUUUGGUUUUUUUGGAUUACUGUACUUUUUUGGUUACUGUAGGUUACUGUAGUUUUAUGUAAUUAGGGUUACUGUAAGUUUUUUAUUUAGGGUUACUGUAAUUUAAAAAAAAUUUAAUUUGAUUUUUUGGAUUACUGUAAAGUUUUGGCUACUGUAGGUUACUGUAGCUUUUAAAAGAUAAUGUAUGGGUGAUCUUUUUGUAUACUGUAUUUUUUGAUAAAAAAUUUAAUUUUUUUUUAUUUUUUAGGUACAAAAUACAACUAUAUCUUCUUGGAUUUGUGUUACAAUGAUGUCAAGCCCAAGUACAAGACGUUAUGCCCAAUAAAUGAGUAUUUGGAAGAAGAUGUGAUUCAGUACAACUAUGAUACAUUGACUGAAGGUAUGGAAAGAAAGUUCUUGCUAUUUGUUGCUCUGUUAAGAAAGUUCUUGCCAUUUUAUGAUUUGUAAAGAAAGUUUUUGCAAUUUUUGUUUUGUAAAGAAAGUUCUUACUAUUUUUUUGUUGUAAAGAAAGUUCUUGCCAUUUUGUGCUCUGUAAAGAAAGUUCUUGCCAUUUCAUCUUCUGUAAACAAAGUUUGUGCGCUUUUUCAGAUGGCCUGCUUGCAAUGAACGUGAUAGAUAACAUAAAGUACCCUAGUAUGGAGCGACUAAUGGUAAAGACGCUAUACGAAAAAGUGUUCAAAUGGUGUGAAUUGUACAUGGUUGUUCAUAAUUCGGUAGGUACGGUAGUUUUAAAUUUUUUUUCAAAAUUUUGGUUUGUAAAGAAAGUUAUCACUGUUUUAAGCUUUGGAAAGAAAGUUCUUGCUAUUUUUUGUUUUGUAAAGAAAGUUUUUGACAUUUUAUGUGUUGGAAAGAAAGUUCUUUCAUUUUUACGUAAAAAGAGCUUAGCUUCUGCCUUGUACAGACUGCGUGUGACAAGUUAUACGAUGAAUACCGCUUUAAACUGUUUUUUGUUGUGUAAAAAAAGUUUUUGUCAUUUUUGUGACUUGUAAAGAAAGUUUUGUUAUUUUGAAAUAUUUUUGAGUUUUAAAUUUCAGAUGAUGGUAUGUGGCAAGAAAUCACGUCCAAAGGUGGCUGAUAUAAAGAAACGCUUCAACGAAUUGGAUCCAGAGUUGAAAGCCUACUUUGUGGAUGUCAAUUUGAAAACUCUGACUCCGGACAAGGAUCAAAGGUAAUGUUAAUAUCUGUUGUUUAAAUAAAGCUUUUCCUAUUUUCAUAGAAAAUUUCAAAAAUUUUUGGCUGUGCAGGCUGCGAAUGACAAGUUAUACGAUGAAUGAUAUUUCUGCCAAUUUUGUAAAGAAAGUUUUUGCUAAUUUUUAAAUUUUUUCAGCAUUGACACAAAGACAAAGAAGCCAGAAGACAAAAAGAAUGAUGAACUAUAA